GUUUUCCCAGUCAAUUAAAAAUCAACACAGAAAGGAUUCUUUUAAAUACUUCCAUCUUGACAUGUUACAUACGAAACAAAACGAAUAUCUGAAUUAAAGCUUCUUUUCAUCGUCUUCAACAUCUAAAACAAACACACCCAAGAGUUUCUCAAAAAGAACCCAGAAAGAAGAUGAAAGACCAAAAGAUGUUCAGCAGUGAAGUCGAACUGGGCAAGUUUCUUGGCAGCACAGAUGUCAUUCAAGAUGCUUAUCGAGCAAUUUCCCAAACUUCUUCCACUCAUCAUCUUCACCCAACUCGUUCUGGAUUCAAUGUUUUGGCUUUCAACUCUUUGUCUGAUUAUUCAAUUCUAAUUAUUAAUAGUGCGUUGGAUCUGGUUACACCAGAAAACCACAAAGACUUGCACUUUCUAUCCACAAAAGUCAACCCCGAGUGCUCCAUUAACAAAGCUGCUAUUGAGCUUUUUGAGCAACAUUUUGACGAGCUUUUGGAGCUCCUAAAACAGCAUAAAGACAGUCCAUUGGUCGUCACUGGACAUGGUCUUGGGGGAUACCUCGCCAUUCUUUUUGCGCUACUUCACCAACAUGCUGUAGAUGUGGAAGAAUCUAAAGGUUUAAAAACUGCCAAACGCCCUAUUUGCAUAACUUUCGGUGCUCCCCUUCUUGGUGAUGAAACUCUCCGACGUGCUAUCUGUGAACGCCCACAAUGGAGUUCAUGUUUCCUAAACGUGGUUGCAAAUACGGAUACUCUUGCUAGUGUUUUCUCAUCGAAGACUUUAUACAAACCUUUCGGUACUUUCCUGUUUUGCACAGAAUCCGGUGGGCACACCGCUUUUGAAGAUCAAGAGACAAUCCUGGCAGUUCUUGAUGACAUUGCGUCAUCAAAUGGUGGAAACUACCAAACACAUGAUUAUACCAACGAAUUGGGUUUGAUCAGAAGGAAGAUUUUGUAUCGCGGACCUUCUGAAUUCGGUGGAUUCAACUUGACUCCGUUAACAGCGGGGAUCAUGUUGCAAUUUCAGGAAAUUGGUCUGUUAAAAGAUGAUUCACAAGAUCUGAUUGCCAAAACUAAAGAGAAACGUGCGAAGAUGAUCAAAACCAAGAGGAUGGUUAAUGCAUACGAGCCAACAAAGAAGCUAAACGAAAUGAAGAUAAGUUUGACAUACAUGGAAUGGUAUAUGAAGGGCCAAAGAUCAAGAGGGGGUUAUUAUGAUAGUUUCAAGAAUGCCGAAACCAAAACCAUAGAAGAUAUCCGAAGCCAACAAGAAAUCAUCAGAAAUCAACGUAUCUUGAGUCAAUAUUGGAAGAAGACUAUUGAAGAAAAGGAGCUAAUGCCACAAAAAGAAGGUGCCAAGUUGCGUAAACGUUGGCUCUAUGGUGGAACUAACUACAGAAGGAUUGUUGAGCCACUAGACAUAGCCGAUUACUACAAAAAGGGCAACACGAACUACAUAGAGAGUAGACCAAACCACUAUGUGUUAUUAGAGAGGUGGUCGGAGGAUGACAAGAAGGAUCAAAAGCCAAGCGAUAAAACAAAGGCUGCUAGUCUUACUGAGGAUUCUUGCUUCUGGGCACAUGUAGAGGAGGCAUUGAUUUCACUAAGAGACUUGAAGAAUGGGGGCUUGGACGAUAUUACAACCAGCCUCAAAACAAGCAGCCUCAAGAGGUUUGAGGAAGAUAUUUUAUGUGCAAUCAAAGCUUUCUCUUUGUCACCAGAAGUUUUCGUGCCAGGAAGCAGUUUGAUGAAGUGGUGGAUUGAUUAUAAGGUCUUUAAAGGAAUUGGGUAUCAUUCUGAGUUUGCUGAAUACAUGAACAAUGAGAGAUACACCGAGUACCAAUAGGUUUGAGGUUCGUGGCUGAUCAGCACAGCCCACGAAGGAUACUGUCUAGAUGCAUCAACCAUAGUUUUCAAGAUUCGCAUCAUGUUCGUCUGCUUCGGAGAUCUAUAUAUGUUCUCAAGCGGGCACCUCGAGCUUGUUGUCAUAGAUUUUCCCACGCAUA